AUGCAGCCAUCGGAUCUUAGACACUUCAACCCCUUCCUGUCCAGAGAAGCAGAAAAACAGCUGCACAAACACGUGCUGUUGUUGCUAAAGCUGUACGUCCUGGAGGACAAGUUCAACCGACUUGCGGCCCAUGCCGCGGCUGGGGUCUACCCUCUGCUUCUGCAGGAGCUGCUGGUAACUCGCUGCUGGGAUGUCGAAACGCACCCCGAGUGGCUGGUGUUUGAAGUCGAGGGUGGCCUGCAGAUUCGCCCAGUGCAGUAUGACGUGGCCAAGAAGCUCAUGGAUGACCCCGGUUCGGUGGUGCAGCUAAACAUGGGUGAGGGCAAGACGCGUGUAAUCCUGCCUAUGCUCAUCCUGCAUUGGGCACGACGGAACAGUGCCGGUGAACAGAAGUUGUUGCGCAUCACCGCCUUGACAGCCUUGAUGCACGAGCUCUUUGAUUUCAUGCACCGGCAUUUGUGCGCCACAGUGCUGCUGCGAAGGAUCUUUGUCAUGCCAUUCCAUCGUGAUGUGCAGCUGCAGGUGCAAGACAUUCAGGUCAUGAUCUCUUCCCUGGACUUCUGCCGUCAGAGUGGAGGUGUCCUGCUUGUUGCUCCAGAGCACCGCCUGUCCUUGCAACUCAAAUGGCACGAGCUCCGUUUGCAGGGUGAGACAGAGAAAUGCAAGCUCCUCUCCCAGCUUGCAGAUAUGCCAGUUCGCGACUUGCUUGAUGAAAGUGAUGAAGUUCUCAGGCACAAGUAUCAGUUGAUCUACGCAGUCGGCAGCCCCAUGCCGUUGCCGCAGGGCCCCGAGCGCUGGGAGACUGCUACAGCCCUGCUGAGAGUCUUGCAGCAGUCAGAUCGCGUUAGUCAGGAUCUGGACAAGGUGAUGCCAUCUGUGCGGCAGGCAAUCCUGGAGGACUUGAUGGAAGAUCCUCCAUAUGAGCUGGCGUGGUUGAAGAACUACCAUCAACACAGUGCGGUGGUCAAAUUUCUCAGCCGGCCAGACAUAGAUUCCAGCUGCCUACCCUCCAACCUUCCCGAAGAUCGCCUACAUGUACUGCUGGCCUUGCGUGGCUUUCUAGCCUGUGCGGUGCUGGAGCACUGCAUGCAGAAACGCCACUCUGUGGAGUAUGGCAUUCGACGCAACCACCUGAAGCGACUGGCUGUCCCCUACAAGGCAAGCAACACGCCAUCAGAGAGGAGUGAGUUUGGGCACCCAGACUGUGCCAUCCUUCUGACACUGCUGUCCUACUUCUACGAUGGUCUCACCAGGGAAGAGCUGCGACAGGCUUUCGAAGUCCUCUUGGCCUGUGAUGAGUCAGUCCAGCGCGGGUACUACGAUACCUGGUUUGAACUUAGCAAACGCGUGAUUCCAGCAGAGGAGAGGGCCACCGUUGAGGCAGCGUCAAUGAUCGAUUUGUCGAACGAGCAGCAGUUUGACGUGCUCUAUGACAUUUUCCACAUGAACUUCGAGACCAUUGCAUUCUGGGUUUGUCACUGCGUCUUCCCCACAGAGACGUCACAGUAUCCCAAGAAGUUGCUCGCAAAUGCUUGGAACCUGGCAGACAACAGCUGCGGCCUCGUGAGUGGUUUCUCUGGGACCGAUGACAAUCAUCGCGUUCUCCCACUGCAGGUGAUCCAAAGGAAUUUGCCCCACCUGGCGGGAACCAACGGCAAGAUGGUCAAGAUGAUCUUGGAUAACCCUGUCUUCUCCCAUCUUGCAGGUGGACUUGGUAGCGUGUAG